GGCAGAGCUACAGUAACCGCUGAAGGAUUGUACAUACUAUUUGCGUCGUAUUGAGCAUUUGCAUGGUAGAACUUCUUUAAUAAUAAGUUUUAACAUACUUAUAUACUCAGACAUACCCAGAUAUGGGUACGAAAAUUCAAAGCUGAUUUAGAAGACUGCAUUGGAAUUAAGUUUGCUAGGGAAAACCAGCGUUGGCUCUAUUUUAUUCUAUUUAUUCAUAGCUUGAUAUACGUACUUUACCUUGAACCUCGAGUUAUUGUAAUGCUAACUAUACUUAAAUUAUUUUUGAAAUAUCUCAAACUCAUAACACGGGAUUAAUUUGUUGAUGAGGAUUACACAUUUUAUACAUUUUUAUUACAUUUUUGUAAAUAAUGACGAUUGAUCAUUAUAGUGAAAAGAGAAUAAUUCGCGGACCAAGUAUCUCGUCAAAUACAUCGACAAGUGCAGGGGUUAUGUCGUCACAUCUUCUCGUCCCCGGAAUCCAUGUUUCCAGGUCCGAAUCAAACCGAGAGGACUACGAACACCACUCGGGUCACCGUGUUUUACCACUUCGUGCUGGAUCUUUUCGUGAACCAGGUGAACUUGAGAAAGAACAAAGGGCUAAAAGGCCUCACGUGAAAUCCCGUUCUAGACACAAACGUGAAUCUACAGAUUUAUCAAGCGAUCCAGACUUUUAUUUAAGCGCAGCAGCAAACCAGCAUAGAAGACGAAGCAGUCUUCCGGCUAGUACGCCUAAUCUACUCGAUUUCUUUACCAAUGAUGACGCAAGAGACAACAGAGAUGCAAGAGGAGACACAGCAUUGCGGAGAGUCCGCUCGUUCAAAACAACAACAAAAGGAGUUGUAAACAGAGGAGACUCAGUACGGAAAAGAAGUGGACGAUCUUCACGGGAUGGUUCAAAUGAACAAUCACGAUCUACAAUCACGUCUAGCCCUCGACCAACACGUCAUGUGCCGUUUGAAGUUAAUGUUGAAAAACCUUCAGAUAAUUCUGCAAUUUCGUCCUACUUUAAAGUUGUGGUAUUAGGAGCACCCGGUGUAGGAAAAACUUCCAUCACACAACAGUUUAUGACGUCAGAAUACGUUGCUUUUGAGAAUUCCGUUGACCAGGAAGAGAAUUUGGUCACUGUCCAGUUAAAUGGAGAGGAAAGCACUCUUGAGUUCCUUGAUGCAAGUGAUAAUGAAGUUAAUCUUGAAAACAUUCGUGCAGAUGCUUACAUAAUAAUAUUUUCGAUUCCACAUCGUGAUACGUUUGAUACAGCAGUUGACCUUAUGUCCGAACUGCGGAUGGACAUGGGCAUAGAUAGAACAGUUAUAAUGGUUGGAAAUAAGUUAGACUUGGUCAGAAAGAGGAAAGUCAAAACAGAAGAGGCACAAGAAGUCAGUAAAAUGUAUGAUGGGAAGUAUAUAGAAGUGUCUGCUGGACUAAACCAUAACAUAGAUGAAUUAUUAGUAGGAAUACUGGGGUCUAUUCGAUAUAAACUAAAUCCAUCUUUGACAGAUCCAGUCCUACGUGUUGAUACAAAGAAAGCAGGAAUUUCAGCUUUGUCAAUGAAAGGACCAAUCAAUUUCUUUGGAAGACUGUUCCGGCGUGUCAGUAAGAAAUCUAGGGGAAGAAAGAAGCGCCACCAUACGGUAGCGUAGUGCACAAAGUAUUAUACUGUAUUGUAGAAAAAAAUAUUUAUAUUUUUGCAUUUUUUAUAUGUUUAUGUUUGUCUAAGCUGUAUUUAAUGUUUUAAAUGUUGUCUUCAUUCAAGCAUUAUGGAAAAUGUAUAAUUUAUAGCAUAAAAUUAUGACACAUUGACUAAUUGAAAAAUUGAUCAACCGUUUCUGGAACAUUCGAUUCAUACUUUUCUCACAGUUUAACCAUGUUAACUAAAAAAUAAUCAAUCUGUCUAAAUAUUCAACAAUUAUUACGUCAGAAUGGUAACUAUCAUACCGAAAUUCUUCAAUAUCGCAACACUUAAUCUAAGGACAUGAACUAUAACUGUUUUCUACAAUAAUGUGUAGCGAGACUUCAUUUGAAAGUCUUUAUUCGUCGGUUUGAUUUUUUUUUAAAUAAUAAGUGCUUACAUUUUUAUCCAUCAAAGGAAUAGUUUAAAUCUUUGUUGUGAAAGGUUAAAAUCUGCGUAUAAUAUUUUAAAUUGCAUAAAAAGACAUGAAAGUAAUGCAAACAAUCUUAAAGUCCUAAAACUUUCUUUUUGGCAUAAUAGCAGAUAUGGUAUGCAGUGGUAUUUCAUUUAUGUUAUUUUAGAGUUUUGUGAGUAAAAUACGCCUUUUAACAUUUGAAUUUCAGCGGAUUACAAAAAUCUUGAAAAGUAUGAAAUAUAUGAUUUUACCAUGUAUGUACUACUAUGUCAUUAUAUACAUUUUUUUCUCUAAUGAUAUUAAUAUAUUAAAUCAGCUGGGUCGCUGUAAUGUUAAAAUGCUAUUAUGACAAAUAAAUCGACGUAUUGUGUAAUUGAGGUCUUGUAGCAUAAGGUAAAUGUGAUUAAAAGGAGAGAUUAUAAAUCAUCCGGUUUUGCUUCCCCUUUAGCGUCCUGUCAUCAAAAUAAAUAGAUCGAACUACAAUAUACAUUUGUUAUUUAGUUGGAUUAACACUUUAUGCAACUUAUAUGGUUGUUUUUAUGGUCAGCUAAGGUAAAAGAAUAAUUUAACGUGAAUUUCAAUGAAUUUCAUGUGAUAUUAAAAUGUUAGAAAAUAUACAAUUUAUGAUAUCUUUUUUUCUUUUGAAAACAAAUAAGAAAAUUGUUAAUAUUGCUAAAAUUGCAAGUUUAGUAAUUCAAAACGUAAAUUCAAGUGAUGUCAAUAUAUAUAAAUAUUCUCAGUCCUGUUACAAAUACAUUUUUCAUUUAAAAUGUUCAUUAAUCAUCGAUCAUCCAGGCUGGGCUAUGGUGCAAAUACUUGAAUAGUAAUAUGUAAUAUUAUUUUUGUACAUAACAGUUUAAAGUGUGUUUAUGUUUUUUACAUCACAAAUACAUGUAAGCUUUUGGAUAGCAACAUAUGCAUUUUUGUAUCUGAUGCAUUAGAUUUGUAAAAUAUAUGCUUGGAUCAUCAUUUUCAUUGCCGAGAAGUUAUUUUCAACUACGUCUGGUUUCAGAUUUGUGUGCUUAAAAAAUUAUAACUACAAAUCUGUCCACAGAAACCUAAGUAAAUUUAUUUUUAAAUAUCAGUUUGUCUGUUGGUUUACGUUAUGUUAGUACACAACUAGUUCUUUUUUCACCUUCUUUAGUACCUGUUGUAAAACAGUAUAAUUCUUAUUGAAUUUUGUUUUACCUUAGAGAUCUGUUUCACAAUACUGUUAUUGCCUUUAAUUAAAUUACUGCAACAUUAUACCAACUUACGGCAAGUGACCAACAAUCCUCUAACCUUUUCACAAUUCUGUCAUUAAUUUACAUCAACAGGGUAUACUAUAUGUUUGAUUAUUGUACUAACGGAUAAGUUAACAUUUAACCAUUGUUGAUGUCCAUUUAGUGUCUAAGAAGAAACCAAAAUGUAACACUAAAGACAAUAAAGUAUUUUAUAUUGUUUAA